CAGUUGGAUUGGAGGAGGAGGAGAUCAUAUGGGAUCGCCAAACGACGUCCCGCGGGGCAGAAGCAGGAAGUCAUCCUCAAGGGGACACCCCAGAUUCGUAGGAGUCCGACAGAGGCCAUCCGGGAGAUGGGUGGCUGAGAUCAAGGACUCCCUGCAGAAGGUCAGGCUUUGGCUGGGAACAUUCGACACUGCUGAGGACGCUGCUCGUGCGUACGAUGCUGCUGCUCGGAACUUACGCGGUACCAAUGCUCGCACCAACUUCGAGUUACCGCAGUCCGGAUCAAACACUUGCGGUGGCGCUUAUGCUAACCAUGUUUUCAACGAGAGUGCCGAGCCCUUCUCAUUCGAGCAAGGGAGCGGGGCGUUCACGCCAGAAACAGACGGGCUUGUUGGGGCCCUCAAGGCCAAGCUGCUCGAUGGCAAGGGACUGCGAAUGCUCGCAGCUCCCGCUGGUUGUUUGGGAGCCGAAGCCAGCAGCGGUAUGGUGGAAAACUCAUCACCUGACAACAUUGGUACAAAGAGAGGGCAAUCAUCAACGCCAACUGUAGCCGUUGCUCCUCAUGGGGUUGGGAUUCUGGACUCUAUGCAAGUUUCUAAUAAUUAUCCGCGUCCCAAUAAGCUGGCUGACUCUCUCCUAGACCAUAAUGACCAUGAUCACGAGGCUGUAGCACGACAUGUUGGGGUCCAGUGGGAUCAAUCUUGCCAAGCAGCGUUGCCAACAAGCAUCACCCAAUGGUCUUCUGAACCAGCAUACGAAGUGCCAUGGCCCGCACAGACGAACCAUGUCCAAGAUCAGAAUGGCUUGUUUACUGCUGCUGCUGCUUCUACAUCGGCAUGGCACCUUCCUGGUGCAACCGGGGCAACGUUUAACUUGGCAUAUGCAGAUCAGGGCGCUAUGGAGCUGCUGUCAACAAAUAAGAUUAAUGGGAAAGCGCAGUUGUUUCAGAUUGAUGGAGCGGCAACGUCGGAAGAUGUGUGGUCAGCCGAGCAGCAGGUUGUGCACGGUGAGAACAACAGUUGGGGUGGCGCAAAUGGCACUUGGUGAACAAAAUGACAGAAAAAUGGUUUUGGCUAACACACCAAACCAUGCAGUAUAUUGUAUAUUCAUUAUAUAGUUUGUACAAGUCAAUAAAAGAAUCAAAAGAUACACUCUUGAGAGAUGCA